AUGCAAUUCAAAGCUCUACCAGGUUUCUUUAAAGCUUAUGAAGAACAAAACAGUAAACCAAUUGAUUCUUCCAAAGAAGAUCACUUAAAAUUCGUUCAUCAUAAGACUUGGAAAGAUCUAUACAAGAGUAUCCCUCAUAACAGCAGUGAUAUUGAAUAUAAAUUGAUUAUUUUAGGACGUCAUGGCCAAGGUUAUCACAACGCUGCGAUUGACAGAUAUGGUAUGGACGCAUGGAAUAAGCAUUGGUCUUUGCUAGAUGGCGAUGAAUAUGGAGAAUGGCUAGAUUCGAGAUUAACUCCCCUUGGUAAAAAACAAGUUUCAAGAACCGGGAAAGAAGUAUUGUUACCUAUGGUAAAAGGAUUAGGCAAAUACCCCGAUGUCUAUUUUUCAUCACCUAUGCGUCGUUGUUUGGAAACCUAUGUAGGCUCAUGGGGUCAAGUUUAUAAGAUGGUUGAAAAUGACCAAAAGAAGUUGGAAAUUACGAUAAUUGAAAAUCUAAGAGAAACUCUAGGGGAGCAUACAUGCGAUAAACGUGUUUUACAUUCUGAAGUUAUUUCCGAAUAUCAGAAUUCUAAAAUGGAGUCUGGUCAUAUUGCUCAUUGGAAUUAUCCAAAAGGGUAUCCAGAAGAAGAUCAACUUUGGUUUGCAGACUGGCGUGAAACGAAUGAAGAAAUGGAUGUACGUGUUCGUUCUGGGUUAGAAGAAUUAUUUUCUCAAGUUAAAUCGGAUGAAAGAAUUGUUUCAUUAACAUGCCAUUCAGGUGUUAUUGACAGUGUAUUACGCAAUUUGGAUCACCCUGCCGUGGAGAAUUUAGAUGUUGGUAAAUCAGUUAUUGCUGUUGUUGCUUUAAGAAGAUGA